AUGACCACUGGUUCAGCUCAACAAAUAAAUGACAUUAAUACCCCGACGAUAACAUCUCCAUCCAUACCCGACUUUACCGUCACUUCUACUCUUGAUGAUGAUGCCAUAGCUACGGUUGCAACAAUCGCAAAUCCACCAGAAGAAACUCCUUACGCGACCGAUACGGAAACGACAACAGAUACUUCCAGCACAGAUACUUUCAACACAGAUGCUUCCAGUACAGAUACUUCCAGUACAGAUACUUCCAGUACAGAUACCCCUACCACCACAACAAGUUCUCCCAGUCCAACGGGUCAAAUUCAAUCCAGUAUUACAGAGGAGCAACUUCUGUUUGAUGAGCAUAACCAUUACGUGGUGGUUAUGAACCGCACCACGGGAACGGAUUACAACAAACAUUGGAAAUGGUUGAAAAAGCUUUCCGAUGAUGUAGAUGAAUUGUCGCAUGUGAGCAGCAACGUUAGUAAAAUCGGUAACUUUGCUUGGUAUACUGGUGCUUUCGACAGAAAGGCUUUGCAGACUAUAAACGAUAGCGAUGUCGUGAGUUAUAUCGUGCCAGAUGCAAAUUUUAGUACAUACGACAAAAUGCAGAUAUCUCCGCCUAGUUGGGGCUUAAAACGUAUAGAUCAAAGAACACUUCCACUCGACAAUCAUUACAUCUACCCAGAUUCAGCCGGCGAGGGCGUGACAAUAUACGUUCUUGAUACCGGGGUCAACCUCAAUCAUGCCGAUUUCGAAGGGCGCGCAACAUUCGGUGCUUCGUUCGUUGGCGAUCCCUCAGAUAAGACCGAUCCUAAUGGUCAUGGAACAUUUGUUGCUGGCGUCGCAGCUGGCAAAUUAUUUGGGGUGGCCAAGAAAGCGCGUAUUGUUUCGGUCAGAGCAUUAGAGGCCGACGGAUCAGGCAAAUUGAGUAUUAUCUUGAAAGCGAUUGAAUGGAUCGUAAAACAGCAGGGUACAUCUGACAACAAGAAGAGCGUUGUGAAUUUAUCGCUUGGAGCCGCUUUCAGUCAACCGACAAAUGAUGCCAUACAGGAAGCUAUCAAGUCUGGAAUACAUUUUUCUAUUGCCGCUGGAAAUGAGGGCAAAGAUGCUUGUCAGUUCUCGCCUGCAUCUGUCAGGGGAGCGUUGGUGGUUGGCGCUACUAAUUCUGAUGACACUGUUGCGAAAUAUUCCAAUAUUGGAGAUU